AUUCUAGCUGGGUACCCCAAUAUAAUAGAUUCGGGGGCAGGUUUAAAUGAUGCCAUGCGGGGGCCCCCAUGUUUUAAUCCAGCUGGGCACCCCAAUAUACAAAGCACCUCCAAAUGGGCUUUGUAUAUGGGGUGGGGCUCAAUGGGGACCCCCAAUAUUUUAUCUCAGCUGCUUUGUCUUCCAGCCCCUCCACUGGCAACAUCUCGGUGGUCAAGGACAUUGUGGACAAGCUCCUCAAAGGCUACGAUGUCCGCCUGCGGCCCGAUUUCGGAGGGAACCCGGUGGUGGUGGGGAUGAGUAUUCACAUCUCAAGCAUAGACCAGAUUUCUGAAGUCAACAUGGACUAUACCAUCACCAUGUACUUCCAGCAGAGCUGGAGGGACAAGCGGCUCGCCUACGGCGAUCUGCCAUUCAACCUGACGCUUGACAACCGAGUGGCCGACCAGCUCUGGCUCCCGGACACCUACUUCCUGAACGACAAAAAGUCCUUCUUGCAUGGCGUCACUGUCAAGAACCGCAUGAUCCGCUUGCACCCGGACGGCACCGUCCUCUACGGCCUGAGGAUCACGACAACCGCUGCCUGUAUGAUGGAUCUCCGGAGAUACCCAUUGGAUCAGCAGAAUUGCACCCUGGAAAUUGAGAGCUACGGCUACACCGUCGAUGACAUUGUCUUCUUCUGGCAAGGAAACUCUUCGGCCGUGACGGGAAUGGAGGUCUUGGAGUUGCCCCAAUUCACCAUCAUUGAGCAGAAGCUGGUCACCCGUGAGGUGGUCUUCACCACUGGGUCCUACCUCCGCCUGUCCCUCAGCUUCCGCAUCAAGAGGAACAUUGGCUACUUCAUCCUGCAGACCUACAUGCCCUCCAUCCUCAUCACCAUUCUCUCCUGGGUCUCCUUCUGGAUCAACUACGAUGCUUCGGCUGCCCGGGUGGCCCUAGGGGUGACUACCGUCCUCACCAUGACGACCAUCAACACCCACCUCCGGGAGACGCUGCCCAAGAUCCCGUACGUCAAAGCGAUUGACGUCUACCUAAUGGGCUGCUUCGUCUUUGUCUUCCUGGCACUGCUGGAAUACGCCCUGGUGAACUACAUUUUCUUUGGGCGAGGGCCCCGCCAGCAGAAGAGACGUGCCCGGCGCCUGGAGCCCCGGACUCAGCCCGACCCGUACGGCAACCUCCUCCUAGCUGGCGUCUCUGACAGCAACUGCCCGCUCUUCUCCACGUUGCCCUCGCCGGACCCGCGCCCCUGCGGCCUGCGUAGGUUUGACUCUUCAGGCACCGCCCUGCACUCCCGGAAGGCGCCCGCCUGCCGCACCACCCGGUCCAACUGCCGCCUGCGCCGGAGGUCGUCCAAGCUGAAACUGAAGAUCCCCGACCUGGCCGACGUCAGUACCAUUGACAAGUGGUCCCGGGUUCUAUUCCCCAUCACCUUCGGCUUCUUCAACCUCCUCUACUGGUUGUACUACGUCAACUGACAUCCGACAGGGAGAGCACCCGGUGCCGGGUUCAGGUCCUACCCACACUCCUACCCCAGCCUUGCCUCCUCUCUGCUUCCCGUUCGUCCUGUCCCCUCACGGUCCCUUCCUCUUCCCUUAAGAGUCACUUCCUGUACACUCUCAGGCACUUCCUGUUCCCUUACGGCCCCUUCCUGUUUUACCCCUGUCCCUUCCUGUUCCCUUCAGUUCACCUCCUCUUUGCUCUCAGGCACUUCCUGUUCCCCCACAGCCCCCCCCCACAAUUCCUCUUUGCUCUCAGGCACUUCCUGUUCCUCCACAGUCCCUUUUACUCUCCCUCAGAGCCCCCUUCCUGUUCUCUCACAGCCACUUCCUGUUCCCUCUGAGGGACUUCCUGUUCCCUCACAAUCCCUUUCAUCUCCUUCACAAUGCAGUCCCUUCUUAUUCUCUCUCUGUCCCUUCCUGUUCCCUUAAAAGUUCCUUCCUGUUCUCUCACAGCCACUUCCUGUUCCCUCUGAGGGACUUCCUGUUCCCUCACAAUCCCUUUCAUCUCCUUCACAAUACAGUCCCUUCUUAUUCUCUCUCUGUCCCUUCCUGUUCCCUUAAAAGUUCCUUCCUGUUCUUUCACGGCACCUUUCUGUCCCCCUCCCCUCCCCACUUCCUGUCCCCUUGGAGCCACUUCCUGUUCCCAAACCAGCCAUGGAGAACCCACCGUUUCGAGUAACGGGAAACGAGGAACAAGCCACGCCUCCCAACUUCCAGUACUUUCUCUUCCUCCUGCUCCUUGGACCGGCCGGGCUUCCUUCCCGCCGGCCACUUCCCUUCUGUUGCUUCUGCCAUUACAGGUUCCGGCUGACGGACUUUUUCGGAACCAACUUGAACCGAGUUUACAGUUUUCUACCUAGCGACCGACCGACCAACAGGAUCUCUCCGUUCUCACGUUUGGGGUUUUACCCCCCCCCCUGUUGUUCUGGGAGGGAUUUGAGGAAAGAGGGAUUUGCUCCUGAGCGUGUGCAGAGUUCCCUUUUUUUCUAAGCAAUGUACAUGAACCUUAAAAAAACACAUUUUGGAAACUGUUCGAUAUCCGUUGGUCGGGAAUCUUUCUUGUCUUUGCCCCCCCCCUUAUAAAAUCAGAGAAUUUCAC